AGAAAUGGCAUCUUCCAACAGCCCCACAAAAUUAUCUUCCUCCUCCUCCAGCCGGCCGCCGACGGCCGUGAAAUUCGCCCGACGAACAUCUUCCGGAAGAGUCGUCAGCCUGUCAAGAGACGAGGAUUUGGAUAUUCCGGGAGAAUUUAGUGGUUCAAGCGACUAUAUCGAUUACACGGUUCUCAUGCCUCCAACCCCUGAUAACCAACCCAUGGGUGCCGGCUCGGCUUCUGGUCCAUCUCCCUCCGGACCGGGUUCACGGGUUGGAAUUACAAGAAGGGUCGGUGAUGGGAAUAGUAACGGAGGAGAGGCAAAGAUGGACCGGAGGAUGUCGGUGAUGAAAUCGAGCAAAUCGAUGCUGUUGAGGAGUCAAACAGGAGACUUUGAUCAUAACCGUUGGUUGUUCGAGACUAAGGGAACGUACGGUAUAGGGAAUGUUGUAUGGACAGAUCCUGAUGACUAUGGUGGGCCCGAUGGAGGUGUGAACGUUUCUGAUUUCAUCGAUAAGCCAUGGAAACCGUUAACAAGGAAGAUUCAUAUUCCCUCUUCUAUUCUCAGCCCUUACAGGUUCUUAGUGGUGUUGCGCCUGAUUGCACUCGGGCUUUUCUGUACUUGGCGGGUUCGAAACCCGAACUCAGACGCAAUGUGGCUUUGGGGUAUGUCAAUUGCGUGUGAGAUGUGGUUCGCUUUUUCAUGGCUUCUGGAUCAGCUCCCUAAGCUCAACCCGAUUAACCGGUCUACCGACCUUGCUGCUCUUCGUGACAAAUUCGAAACCCCUUCCCCAAAUAACCCACACGGCCGGUCUGACCUCCCUGGUGUAGAUGUCUUCGUCUCCACCGCCGACCCAGAUAAAGAACCCCCACUCGUCACAGCCAACACAAUGCUCUCAAUCCUAGCCGUUGAUUAUCCUGUUGACAAGGUCUCUGCUUAUAUAUCUGACGAUGGAGCAGCCAUCCUCACCUUCGAAGCCAUGGCAGAAGCUGUAAACUUCGCACAUCUAUGGGUCCCAUUCUGUCGAAAGCAUAAUAUCGAACCACGUAACCCUGACAGCUACUUUAACAUCAAGAGAGACCCCACAAAGAACAAGAAACGACCAGAUUUCGUCAAGGACCGUCGUUGGAUCAAGCGUGAGUAUGACGAGUUCAAGGUUCGCAUCAACGGUUUACCUGAUGUGAUCAAGAAACGAUGUGAAACGUACAACAAGAGAGAACAACGUAAGGCGAGACAAGAAGCACGUGAUCAUAAUGGGGGUGAAGUUCCAGCGGAAGGCGCCGUGGAUAUCCAGAAGGCCACGUGGAUGGCCGAUGGGACCCACUGGCCGGGCACGUGGUUUGAUCCUGCACCAGAUCAUAAAAAAGGAGAUCACGCUGGGAUCAUACAGGUUAUGAGUAAGGUUCCUGAGCCUGAUCCAGUGUAUGGUCACCCAGAUGAGAAGACCCUAGACUUCACUGGGGUUGACGUGCGGGUCCCAAUGUUUGCUUACGUGUCACGUGAGAAGAGGAAAGGAUAUGAUCAUAACAAGAAGGCUGGAGCCAUGAAUGCCAUGGUUAGAGCCUCAGCAAUCCUAUCCAACGGUCCAUUCAUUUUGAAUCUUGAUUGUGACCAUUACUUCUAUAACUCACUCGCAUUACGUGAGGGGAUGUGUUUCAUGAUGGACCGUGGAGGAGAUCGUAUCUGCUACAUCCAAUUCCCACAACGAUUCGAAGGGAUUGAUCCGUCGGAUCGAUACGCAAAUCAUAAUACGGUUUUCUUUGAUGGGAACAUGCGAGCCCUAGACGGUCUCCAAGGUCCAGUUUAUGUUGGGACUGGUUGUCUAUUUCGACGAUUUGCGCUUUAUGGGUUUCAUCCUCCCCGAGCUAAUGAGUAUUCAGGUAUGUUUGGACAGCACAAGAGUCCAGCCGCACAAAUUCAGCUGCAAUCAGAGGAGGAAGAAUCAGAUUCACAGCCACUAACAGCACAUCCAGACCUAAACUUGCCUAAGAAGUUUGGGAAUUCUACUAUUUUCACUGACUCUAUAGCUGUUGCUGAAUUUCAAGGGCGUCCACUUGCUGAUCACUUUAGUGUGAAAAAUGGAAGGCCUCCCGGUGCUUUGCUUGUGCCACGUCCACCACUUGAUGCACAAACUGUUGCUGAAGCUGUUGCUGUCAUCUCAUGCUGGUACGAGGACAACACCGAAUGGGGUGAUAGGAUUGGUUGGAUUUAUGGAUCAGUGACAGAAGACGUGGUGACUGGAUACCGAAUGCAUAAUCGUGGGUGGCGAUCAGUUUACUGUGUCACAAAACGCGAUGCUUUUCGUGGAACUGCACCCAUCAAUCUCACUGAUCGAUUACACCAAGUCCUUCGAUGGGCUACAGGAUCAGUGGAGAUCUUCUUCUCAAGAAACAAUCCCAUCCUUGCUAGCCCACGUCUUAAGUUCUUACAACGUGUUGCGUACUUCAAUGUCGGAGUUUAUCCUUUUACUUCCAUCUUCCUUGUUGUCUAUUGCUUUAUUCCUGCACUCUCUCUCUUCUCUGGACACUUUAUCGUCGAAACCCUUAAUGUUGCCUUUCUUUUAUACCUUCUCGCCAUCACCAUCACACUCUGCUGUCUAGCCCUUCUUGAAGUCAAAUGGUCCGGGGUUUCUCUUGAAGAUUGGUGGCGUAAUGAACAGUUUUGGGUCAUUGGUGGCUCAAGUGCACAUCUAGCUGCUGUACUACAAGGUCUCCUUAAGGUACUUGCAGGAAUUGAGAUUUCAUUCACCUUGACAUCUAAGUCAACAGCAGAAGAUGAAGAAGACAUAUAUGCUGACCUAUAUGUUGUGAAAUGGACCAGUCUCUUCAUAAUGCCACUCACCAUAAUUGUAGUUAACCUUGUAGCUAUUUUUAUUGCAUCUACAAGGACUCUCUACAGUGUGCUUCCACAAUGGAACAAGCUCAUUGGUGGAGUCUUCUUUAGUGCAUGGGUGUUAUGUCACAUGUGGCCUUUUUGCAAAGGGUUGAUGGGCAGAAAAGGUAGGAUGCCUACAAUUAUAUAUGUUUGGUCAGGGCUUGUGGCCAUUACUGUCUCUUUGCUUUGGAUUACAAUUAGUCCACCAGAUGAUAAUUCAACUAAUGCUAGUACGGGGGGUUCAGCAACAACAACAUCAUCUUAG